UCCUCUGGCAGAGGCACAGGACCAGCCUGGCUGCAGCUGCUCACACCAAGAACGAGAGCAUGGGGGACAUGACAACAGCAGAGGAGACUGAGCUCAGGGCUGCUUACUGCCACUUGUUUGAAUCCAGUAUGAAGAGUGAAGCAAGAAGACUAAGGACUUUCUGGCAAUGGCCAAGUACCUCACCUGUGUCUGCCCGGGAUUUGGUCAAGGCUGGAUUUUUCUUUGUGGGUCCAAGAGAUGAAGUACAGUGUUUCUGCUGUGGUGGUGUCCUGAAGGACUGGGCACCUGGUGAUUGUCCAGUAGCAGAGCACCUGAAGUUCUUUCCUUCCUGUAAAUUCAUUUGUGGUGAGGAUGUUGGGAACCAAGAGAUGCUUCCUCUUCAGGAAAUCUCUGACACUGUGGAUGGGCAGUUCCUCAGUCUUUUGCCAGGGAUUGACAGUGAGGAGACAGCCCUGCCCGAUGAGCCAGAAUACCCAGACAUGGUAACGGAGGAGAUGAGACUGACUACAUUUCAGAACUGGCCACAGUACACUGACAUGCAUCCUGAGCAGCUGGCCAGAGCAGGAUUCUUUUACACUGGACAAGGUGAUGUAGUGAGGUGUUUUUACUGUGAUGGAGGUGUGAGGAAUUGGUCAUUUGGAGACGAUCCUUGGAGGGAACAUGCCAAAUGGUAUCCGGGGUGUGAAUUUUUACUGCAGUCAAGGGGGAGAGAAUUUGUUAGCAGUGUCCAGGAUUCCUUUUCUAGCACCACAUUAUCUCCAAGAGAUUCCUGGGAUCAGACUGAAGAUACCUUUGCUUUCCAAGAUGCUGAUCAGAGAGAGACUGAACCAUCAAAUUCAAGAGAAGAAAUGCAAUCUGUGGAACAAAAGGAAUCAGAUGAGUCUCCGAUGAGCACAGAAGAACAGCUCCGACGCCUCCAAGAGGAAAGGAUGUGCAAAGUGUGCAUGGACAGAGACGUGUCUGUUGUGUUUGUGCCUUGUGGCCACCUGGUUGCUUGUGGAGAAUGUGCCCUCAAUUUGAGAUUGUGUCCUAUCUGCAGAGCAGUCAUCCGGGGAAGUGUGAGGACAUUCAUGUCUUGAACCAUGUGCCCAAGGGGAAGGAAAAAUCUAUGCAAGUAAUUUAUAACAGCAGCAGAAGAAAACAAAUAAAUAGUUUGAUACUGGAGCAAUCUUAUUUGCAGGGCAGCUUAGCAUAAGUGUAAAAACUUCCUGAAUGUGCCUCCUAUGCACAGUGUUUCUAGUAAGAGUUGCUGCUCUGUGGUACUCUUGCUGAUCUUACUGUAGGACUGCUCCAGAAAUGCUCUGCUGGUUUCUUUUGUCCUCCAAAAAGAGGCUUCUGUUGACAGAAAUUCUUCUUUUCCAAAUUCUUGCAUUCUCAAAUGACUCCCUGCUCUAUGUUGAAAUCAAGGGUUGUUUUCAGACUGUGUCUGGUUCUUCCUCUCACUUAGCAGCUGUUCAGAGAUGAUUCUGCUAUGUUUGGCUUCCUUCAGUAAGUCCAAGUCAGAAUAAGAGUAUUUAUAUCAAAUGCAUUCUGCUGAGACUAGAACACUCAGCAGCACUAAUGUGUGGAGGAAGGGUUUGGCUUUUUCUUGAGCUCUUUGCUGUCUUCCACCCUGCACCUCUCUUUGACUUUUCAACAACCGAUGGCAAAUUUCAGUAAUAUUCAAAUUUACAUAACUAGGUGAAUAUUCUGGCCUCUUGUGGACUUUCCAACCUCUUUACUCUUGGCUGACCUCCCUAGACAGAAGGUGACAGGCUCAUUGAUGGUCAGGGUCAUAGAUGAUCUUAUGGAAGCUUCUUACAGAGGCUCUUCCUUGGCUGUUGGAUACAACCCUACCAGAAGAUAACUGUGGAAACUUACCUUUUCAGAACUUCUGUUUGCUGGCUAAACUGAUCAUUCUUAUUUUUAAUCAAACAUUCUAUCAUGUAGCAAAAAAAUCUUUGU